GUUAAUGUAUGUUAAACACGUCGUAUAUGUAUCAAAAUAAAUCGUCUACCUACUAUAUUUAUUAAUUUAUUUUUAUUAUUUAACUUAAAUGAACUAUAGUUACAGACUGACACCAAAUACUCAUUAUUCAUUGUUUCUGUAAAUAUUUUCGCGAUUAAUCAAAUAGACGUAUACAAUUAUUUUUAAUGUUUCGUAAAGUGUAUACUUGUAAUUUCAUCGAAAUAUUCAAAUAGAUGGAAGAACUGUCUGCAAUACUAGAUAAUCUGAAAUCGACAGUAGAAUGUUUGUCCAUGUCAGCUCAAACCAAUACUUGGGAAGUAUGUGGUGGUUUAGAUCGACUACAUUCAAUCAUGAUGAAAAUUUUUAGCCAUGGAUGUUUGACAAUAAAUUCAAAUGCUGAAGAUGCUAUUUGGCAUUUUAUUCAAGGAAUCAAUUGGUUGCACCCAACAAUAGCAUCAUGCACAUUUUCUAGAAAUACAUGCUUUAAAAACAAACAUUUGGAUAGAUCAUCAUUAUGGAUAUAUAAAAGUCUUGAAAAUCAUUCACUAUCUGAAAAACUUGGAUUAUUGUUAUCUGACAAAGAUCAUCUGUAUAAAUGUUAUAAGCCAGAAGCUUUUUUAUGUCAAAAAGAGUAUAGUGAUGCUGCAUUAUUAUGCUUAAGAGUCGUUGAACUGAAUCAACCAUCUUUAUUACUGGAAAUCAAUCCUAAAUUAUAUUUAAAUUAUUCAUCUAAAAAUGAACAUUGUACUACCUUACCAAAAUCAUUCUAUAAGCAAACACAAAGUAAAUAUUUCAAACAAUUGGGUUCAUUGACAAAUAUUUUGACUUAUAAAUCCUCUGAAAACAUCAAUGAAUAUAAUAUGAAUACUGGACAUAAUAACGAUCAACCUAAGCAUAAAAUUAAACACUUGUCUAAAAGACAAUGCUAUAAAAGUUGGCCAGAUAUUUAUAAGACAUUUGAUCAACUAAAACUCAGACAGUCAUUGAGUUUUGACACAUUACAAACAUCUGACUACUCAUUAGAUCAUACUCAUAAGGCUGCAACAAUAGAAAAUACAACACAGGUUUUGCUCCCAAAGUUAUUGGAUGUAAAUUAUGAACAGCUUCUUAACGAUAAUGAAAAUUCAAACAAAAAUCAAACAUUGAAAAAUAGUGAUUUACCCAAACGAACCAAACGACGAUCAAAGUUGUUUACACUCCCAUUAAAAAUAUUAGAAGAAUCUGAUGACGACACACGGAGCAAUAUCUCUGAUGGAUCCAGAACUUUAAUACCUUAUGAUGAAUUUCCUCAUUCAAAGUAUGUGGGAACAUUUGGAUUAGUAUCUUCAUAUUUUCCCGAUCAAGAUUUGUUCAAGUUUUUAUCUUCUGGACAGUUUCUUCAAGCCAAUGCUGAACUUGAUCGUGAAAAUGCACAUUUCAAAAUUUCUGAAGCAAUCAUUGGUACAAUUGAACAAAUUAAAUGCCAUCAAAAAUUGAAAUUCACUGACGAGGUGAUCGAUGAGAGCGACGAAGAAAUAAACCGGUUAAAACACAGAAUUCGUUGCCGGCGUAGACAGAAGUUACAGAUCGAACAAACGCCGAUGGCCGGCACGUCAUCUUCCGAUUGCUUGACUGAAUCUACGAUGAGUUCCCUGACGUCUUCUUACUGCUCAACCACAUCUAGCGUGUCCACCGCGGACGAUAUGGACGAUUUCGAGUUAGACGAUGACAGCAUCUGUUCAUCUAUGUUCUCUGUAUGCAGUUCGUCGGCUGGCUCAUCGUCGUACUCUAAUAUAGACCGAACGCGAUCAGCCAGCGUGUGUUCGACGGUCACUGCAGAAAGCGUUGCGCGGUCAUUGAUCCGUCAGAUCAGCCAAAAGAACAAUUGGCCCGUUAACGUCAAUGUCCAGUGGCUAAUAUCAGAAAAUGAUGUCCCACAACAGAUCUUACCUUUGCCAUCGAGCUGGCCCGUCAACCCGUAUGAGCCCACCGAUGAUCGUUCAGAUGCUUCGUCUCGUUUGCGAGGCACUAGUGAUUGGGCGCCACCACGACCGCAAAUAAUAUUCACUAGUCAUCCGUCGCCAAUUAGGAAAAACAUAAUGGAAUUACAAGGUUAUAGAUGUGCGGGCUGUAGUAUGAAAGUGGCAGUAAAGUACGCUUCGAAGUUCCGUUAUUGUUUUUAUUUGGGUCGGUAUUUUUGCACAGGGUGUCAUGUAAAUAAAACUUCCAUCAUACCGGGUCGGAUAAUCGAAAAAUGGGAUUUUUCGAAGUAUCCGGUGUCGUGUUUUUCAUUCAAUCUUCUUGAAAAAAUGCUAUUCGAUCCACUGUUCAACAUAACCGACUUGAAUAGCGUUUUGUAUAAGCGCGCCCGAGGCCUAGACAAAGUUCGAAUGUACCGGAUGCAAUUGCAUUACAUUAAAGACUUCAUAUUCUUAUGCAGAUAUGCUGACAGAUUAAAAGAGUUAUUGGAAAUUAUAGACGCCCAUAUAAUACUUAAACCGGACUUGUAUUCAAUCCAAAAUUUGGUGGAUGUCAAAAAUGGAGAGCUCGGUAAAAAGUUACAAAACUUAAUUGUUACCUGUAAUAAACACAUUAUAAAUUGUCAGUUGUGCCAAGCAAGAGGGUUUGUUUGUGAAAUAUGCAACAACAAUAAAAUACUUUUUCCUUGGGACUUCAGAUUCGUUACGAGAUGUGUGGACUGUGGGUCAUGUUACCACAAGAAGUGUUAUGAUUCAAGAAAAGUACCAAUGUGCCCCCGGUGCCCUAGAAUCAUGGCUAUGUUUAAAAGAACAGAAAGUCAAAAUGAUCAGAAUACAGUUGUAUUGUCCUGAACGGUAGCAGUAAAUUGGUUUAUACCAUAAUCAGCUAAAUGUAUUAACUGUAAUUUUUCUGAUUCUCUUAUUUAUUUUAUUACUACCUUAUUAGUAUUUUUUGCUCUCAUAAUUAUUUAUUACAUUGUAGGUUGUAGAACAUACAAAAACAUGAUAACAAUGGUAAUUAUUUAUUAUUUUUUGUCUUUCAUUAUAGCAUCUUGAUUACAUAUUCUUUGGGUGAAUUUGAUACAAUUUUAGAAAAUAUAAAUAAAUAUUAAUUAAUUUAAAUUAAAAUAUUAUUGUUUUUAUACAUUUUUAAAAUGUUCAAACAUAACCCAUUAAUAAUAUACUAAACAGAUAUCACCCUAUUUGGGAAACGGUCCAAUACGCGAUCUACACUUUGAUUUUUGGUCCAACGACUUACAUCAUAAAUGUAAAAUAAAAAUUAAUGUAACCAACCUGUAAAUUAGUUUAUAAUUUUUUCAUUACACUUCUUAAUGUUGUUUACAACUAUAUUUCAGUCAGUUGUUGUGAAAUGUAUUUUGGCCAAAAGUUAUUGUUACAUCAAUAAUGGUUCUGGGAUUUUAACAUGAUCUUCAUCACAUUUUUUUUUUUUAAAUUUUUUUUUACUGUUUCAUUUUAAUUUGAAUUUUCAUGAUUGAAAAUAUAUAUUGUUUUUAUAGCUGAUGGUCCCCACAUUGUAAUGACCACAGUUAUACUUCCUUUUACCUAGAAAAAAAGAUUCGUCAAUUUUGACUAGUGGCGCCAAACCUGUACAUGAAUUGAAGCGAUCGCUUCAUAUAAUAAAGAGGUGGGAGGUUUUAUUUGUAUAUGUAUUUUUUUUUACAUUACAUAAUACCUAUACUAAAUAAUUAAAUAAAUAAUUAAAGUUCUUAGUUAUAGAGGUAGACAAUAUAUUAUUUUCUGAUCAAUUUACCAAAACGUUUUGAUUUUGCUUUUCUUAAAUUUAUUUGAAUGGGUGCCACUGAUUUUGACAGUACAAUAGAAUUAAUUUUGAAAAAAAAUAUCUUAUCUAAGAUUAUACCAAUCAACGAUGGUGUUUUUGAUUCUAUCACUCCAAUUUACAGCUUAAUUUAAUGGAACAAAAUAUCGACUAACAUUUGUUUCUAUAAAAGAAACCCAUAGAUUAGGAAUGGGCAACUGGUGGCCCGCGUACCAUUUAUAUCUGACCUAUAUUACAUUUAAAAUUACUUAAUAAAAAUAUAAAAUGUUAGCAUUUUUUAGUACCUAUUUUAUUUAAUUU